AUGUUAAGAUCUGGUCUUGAUCCAGGGGAAGGCCGAGUCUUGUUGCCAUACACGCGUCCUGGCCGGAAACCUUUACCAAGCCCUCCAUGUCUUGGAAGUGGAGACAAGGAGCUGAGGAUGGCAUCUGCUACAAACAGCGCCACCUGCUUUUUCAUCCUCCGAUCUGAGCCAUCUGCCCAGUCUUGCUCUGGUUUGUCUGUCUCAGGUUAUCCGGCCAAGUGGUGCUACGGCUGA